AUGUCGUCCGGCCCCGUUGAAACGUACGAGGGGGUUGCCGGUGUCGCCAACAAUGGAGGCAACCCCCUUCUCGAAGACCUCAACCGAUAUUAUUCUGCCGGAGAUUUCGGAUGGAUCAUGACAUGUACAGCCCUCGUGCUGCUCAUGGUUCCCGGUGUCGGUUUCUUCUACAGCGGUCUUGCACGAAGAAAGUCAGCCUUGGCCCUCAUUUGGCUUUCCCUUAUGUCGAUAGCCAUCGUAGGGUUUCAAUGGUUCUUCUGGGGUUACUCACUCGCCUUCUCCCACACCGGAAGCGCCUACAUCGGCAACCUCUCCAAUUUUGGUCUCAUGAAGACCCUCGCCCAGCCAAGCGUUGGCAGCGGCAAGAUCCCCGACCUUCUUUUCUGCCUCUAUCAGGGCAUGUUCGCUGCCAUCACUCCCGCUCUUGCUAUUGGCGCGUGCGCUGAUCGCGGCCGUAUGCUUCCCGCCCUGGUCUUCAUGUUCAUCUGGACCACCAUUGUCUACGACCCCAUCGCCUACUGGACCUGGAAUGGCAAUGGCUGGUCCUUCAAGAUGGGCGGACUUGACUUUGCGGGCGGCACCCCCGUGCACAUCAGCUCCGGUGCCGCCGCCCUCGCCUACUCGCUCAUGCUCGGCAAGCGCAACGGCUACAACAAGGUCAACGGCCUGCCCUAUCGCCCCCACAAUGUCACCCACGUCGUUCUAGGCACCGUGUUCCUCUGGGUCGGCUGGUUCGGUUUUAACGGCGGUAGCGCCCUGGCCGCCAACCUGCGCGCCGUCAUGGCCUGCAUCGUCACUCACAUUGCUGCCUGCGUCGGUGGCUUGACUUGGGUCUUGCUCGAUUACCGGCUGGAGAGGAAGUGGAGCACCGUCGGCUUCUGCUCCGGUGCCAUUGCUGGUCUUGUCGCCAUCACCCCUGCUGCGGGUUACGUCCCUCCCUGGUCGGCUUUCAUCUUUGGUGUUGUCGGCGGUAUCAGCUGCAACUUUGCUACUAAGCUCAAGUUCCUUCUGGGUAUUGAUGAGGCGCUCGAUGUGUUUGCUGAGCACGGUGUUGGAGGUAUUGUCGGCAACUUGUUGACUGGUAUCUUUGCUGCUGACUACAUUGCCGCUCUCGACGGUGUCUCCAUCGGCGACUCAGCCAUCGCCGGCGGCUGGGUCAACCACCACUACAUCCAGCUCGCCUACCAGCUCGCCGACAGCGUCGCCGGCUUUUCUUACUCCUUCGUCAUGACCUGCGUCAUCCUCUUCCUCCUCAACCUCGUUCCCGGCCUCUCGCUCCGUGUCGACCACCACCAGGAGGAGAUUGGCCUCGACGACGACCAGCUUGGCGAGUUCGCGUACGAUUAUGUGGAGGUCACUCGCAGCUUGGAUGUUAUUCCUGGAUUGACUGCCCCCAACAGCACAGCUGGUAGCAUCAGCGGGAGGGACCCUGAGAAGCAGGUCUAA